AUGUAUCGGAUCACGAAUAUUUACGUCCUUGCCGCCUUUGGCACCAUCGGCGGUGCUCUCUUCGGCUUCGAUGUCAGUUCUAUGAGUGCCUGGAUCGGCACGCAGCAGUACCUCGACUAUUUCGACCAUCCCGACUCGAAUCUCCAGGGUGGUAUCACCGCGUCUAUGUCUGCCGGUUCCUUCGCAGGUGCCAUCGGAGCCGGUUGGCUAUCCGAUCACCUUGGCCGACGCAUGUCUCUCAUGAUUGCUUGUAUCGUUUGGAUCAUCGGUGCCGUUAUCCAAUGUAGCGCACACAGCGUGGCGCACUUGGUGGCUGGCCGAGUCAUUAGUGGUCUUUCCGUCGGUGUCACUUCGUCCCAGGUCUGCGUCUACCUCGCCGAGUUGGCCCCCGCCCGUAUCCGUGGUCGUAUCGUUGGUAUUCAACAAUGGGCUAUCGAAUGGGGUAUCCUGAUUAUGUACCUCAUUUCCUACGGCUGUGGACAGGGCCUCUCUGGCGCUUCCUCGUUCCGUGUCGCUUGGGGUAUCCAGGCCGUCCCCGGUCUUAUUUUGUUGCUUGCGCUGCCCUUCUUCCCUGAGUCGCCCCGUUGGUUGGCUGGGAAGGAGCGAUGGGAGGAGGCUCAUGAUACCCUGGCUUUGCUCCAUGGACACGGCGACCGCAGCAACCCAGUCGUUCAGUUGGAGUUCGAGGAGGUGCAGGAGGCUGUCCGCGUCGCCCACGAGUCGAAGGAUGUUACUUUUCUAGCCCUAUUUGGUCCCAAGAUGUGGAAACGAACUAUGUGCGGUGUUAGUGUACAGGUGUGGCAGCAACUGCUGGGAGGUAACGUCGCUAUGUACUACGUCGUGUACAUUUUCCAGAUGGCCAACAUGUCCGGUGACACGGCCCUCUACUCUUCUGCUAUCCAAUACGUUAUCUUCCUCGUCACUACCGGUGUCAUCCUCCCCUACAUCGAUCGCAUCGGUCGUCGACUCCUCCUUCUUAGCGGCUCCGUUCUCUGCCUGGCCCUUCACUUCGCUAUUGCCGGCAUUAUGGCUACAUACGGCCACCCCGUUGACUCGAUCGACGGCAACGAGAACCUCCGAUGGUCUAUCGCAGGCGCCCCCGGAAAGGGCGUGAUUGCUUGCUCCUAUAUUUUUGUUGGUGUCUACGGCUUCACCUGGGCCCCCACCGCAUGGGUCUACGCCUCCGAGGUCUUCCCCUUGAAAUACCGCGCCAAGGGCGUCGGUCUGUCCGCCGCAGGCAACUGGAUCUUCAACUUCGCUCUGGCCUACUUCGUCGCGCCCGCUUUCACCAACAUCCAAUGGAAGACGUACAUCAUCUUCGGCGUCUUCUGUACUGUCAUGACCUUCCACGUGUUCUUCAUGUAUCCUGAGACGUCGAACCGCUCGCUCGAAGAAAUCGAUGCUAUGUUUGACUCCAAUGUCAGUGCCUGGAAAUCGGCAUCGGCGAAGGAUACCUUCACUGCGGAGGUUGAGAGGAGGCAGAAUAGUGUGGCGGAGGAGAAGGCUGUUGAGGCGAGUCAUCAGGAGAUGGCUUGA